AUGCAGAUCGAUCAGGACAAACAUAUAAACUCAUAUCUACACGAAAUUCUUACAUUUUUAAAAUCUUCAGCUAAUGCAAUUUCUUUUACCGAUUUAUAUUCUAAAUUAAAUAUUGAUAUUCACAGUAACACAAGGCUUCUUAAAGCACUAGAGAAUAAUGAUAAGAUACUUAUUAAAAAUAAUUUUAUACAAUAUUUGUAUACUUAUAAUAUACAAAGUAAAGAAGAUUUAAUUAAUAUUUUUAGUAAAAGAAAAGAGGGAAUAGAACUUUCUAAGUUAAGAGAUAAUCCCAUUGACAUUUCAGAUUUUUUAGAUGAUUUUUUAAUUUUAAAAGAUAAUGAUGGUAUUGAAGUUGUAUUCUACGAUGAUAUGCGCAUUGACAAGGCAGAUGAUGAUAUUGUCGCCUUAUGGAAAUCUGUGCGUGUUCCAGGAUUUCAAGACCUUAUUAGUGAAAUGAGUGUAGCCGGGAUUAAAACCAAUAUAAGCGAAACAGUGAAACGAAAAGCUAUUAUUAAAAAAACAAAAAGUAAAAGGUAUCGCCGAAAUAUAAAAAUAACAAAUACACAUGUAAAAGGACUAGAUCUAAAUAAAUUAGAUGAAUAA